AUGAAGCUGUCUUUUCUUCUGGAGUUGUUGCUGAUCUUCAUCAUAAUCGCCUUCGCAGCGUCGAAGCCCAUUGAUUCAGAAGGUCGGGCUGUUAAGCAUGGGAUCAAGAAAGUCGGUCUGAGACAGCAAGUUCAGGCGUCCACAGCGAGUCCAGUUGCCGCCGUUGCUGAGGACGACGAUGACGACGAUGAUGAGGAUGAAUUUGGCUUGGAUGAUGACGACAGUGACGAAGAUGACGAUGAUGACAUCCUUGGAUUCGGCGAUGACGAUGACGAAGAUGAGGAGGAAGAGGAUGUCUCGUCGGACGGCGUUCGUGAUCCCGAAGAGGGCGACGAAGAGGACUUGGAUGGCGAUGAAUUGGGCAUUCUGGGCGAUGACAUCUUCGACAUCUUCGAGGAUGACGACGAGCCGCCAGUGAAGAAGCCAGCAGCUGUGGCUCCAGCAGCCGAAGUGGCGCCAGCGGCUCCGGUGAUCGCGCCCUCGGCCGUCGUUGAGGCUGUAGAAGUCGCAGAAUCUGCCAUUGUAGUUCCCGGCGCUCCCGCCAAGUCCACCAAACUAAAGAAGAAGCCCGGCCUGAGGAAGCCCAUUAAGCCAGAACCCAGUGUCGAGGAGAGCAGCCACGGUGACGACACGUACAAAUUGCCUCACACGGCGGUUCUUCUGGCCCAAUCCAUGGCCAAUGAUGGCAACCGAGUGCCGGAGUUCAAGCCAUUCAUCCAGACCACGAAGCAGGAGGUGCACGAUGAGGACGAGCCCGCGGAGGCUUUCAAGAGCGAGCCCGUGAAGGAGGAGAGUGAGAAAGAGGCCUCAACGGAGAACGCCAAGGAGGCUUCCACCACACUUCCCGAGGAGAUCAGCGAGUCCUCCAAAGAGAACAAGAUGCCCGAGAAGAAGGUGACGAAGAAGAAGGACGAGGGCAUCAUCGAGGUCAUGACGUCAUUCCUAGACGACGACGAUGACGAUGAUGACGAGGACGAGGAUGAGUAUCUGACCAAAAAGGUGGAGAAGCACGAGGAGGAGGACGAAGAGGAGGAUGAUGAGGAGGACGAGUCCAAAGAAGAGGAGUUGGAAGAGGAGGAGGAGGAGGAGAAUGCCGAGCGUGAAGAGGAGGAGGAAGAUUCUCCGGAUGCCAAUGAAACGGAGGACAAUUCAGUGAAUGAGAGCACAAUUGCGAGCCAGAAGAAGGAUAAGAAUGAGUUUGGCAUUGACUCAAUUGGCGAAUCCCUCGGUCUGUCCAGACGACUGAGAAUAAAGCGAAAUUAA